AUGGUCCAAAAUCAACAUUAAAAGAAAUAACAAAAGCUUAUCGUAAAUUACUGAAAGAAUUACACCCUGAUAAGUUUAAGAAUAAAGAUAAAAAGAUUAAUGAAAGGUUUCAAAGGUUAUCAUUAGUUGGUAAUAUCCUCAGAGAUCAAUCUUUAAGAAGAAGAUAUGAUUAUUUUUAUACCAAGGGUUUUCCAAAAUGGAAAGGUACUGGUUAUUAUUAUACAAAAUAUAGACCUGGUUUUAUAUUAACUAUCUUCAUCGUAUUUUGUUUAAUUAGUUUUUUGCAUUAUUUUGCUUUAAAAAUCAAUAGAAAACAAGCUUAUAAAAGAAUUGAAAAUUUAAAAGAUGAAAUUAAAUUACAAGCUUGGAAUUCAAAAAUUGCUCCUGCUGAUGGUUCAGAUAGAAAAAUUACAAAUCAAGAAAAUGAUCAAGUUUUUUUAGUUAAAAAUAAUGGUCUGGUUUAUUUAGUCACUGAUGAUGGUGAUCAUUUAAUUGAUCCAAAUGAAAUUAAUAUAAAUCCAGGCUUUAAAGAAACUUUAUUAUUUAAAUUACCGGUAAAAUUGUAUAACUUAACUAUUGGGAAAUUAGCAGGUGAAAUAGAUACUACAAUUCAUUAUGAAAAACCAGUAGAAGAAAUAGAAGUUACUCAUCAACAACCUAAGAAGAAAAAGAGUAGAGGUAAAAAAGUUGAACUACCAAAUGGUAAAGUAAUCUAUAGUAGAAAAAAAUAA